CUGUGUGGGAGGAAAGAUCGCUUUGAUUUGGCCACAUUUCGCCGCAGAUUGACGCUGCUGACGCCGCUCCUCCGCCAUCUUCCACUUCCUAUUGUUUGGCUCAGACUGGGGCUGUCUCUGUCUGUGAGAGCAGCUCUGAUACACUCCGGCCUGUACAUAAGACACCGUGUGCUUUUCUGUACAGAUUUAACUCUUUUUAUGUCUUUGGAUUAAGCGCUCUCAGGACGUGACCACUGCAGCUCGACUAUGGAGGACGAAUCGCCCAAAACACUGUAUGUGGGAAACCUGUCCAGGGAUGUUACAGAGCCCCUCAUUGUCCAGGUGUUCACACAGAUAGGACCCUGCAAAAGCUGUAAAAUGAUAAUAGACCCCACGGGGAAUGACCCUUACUGCUUUGUGGAGUUCUAUGAAAACAGACAUGCUGCCGCAGCUUUGGCAGCUAUGAAUGGAAGGAAAAUUUUGGGUAAGGAGGUUAAAGUUAACUGGGCAACGACGCCAACAACCCAGAAAAAAGACACAAGUAAUCACUUUCAUGUCUUUGUUGGAGACCUGAGCCCAGAAAUAACAACAGAAGACGUCAAGGCUGCCUUUGCACCCUUUGGCAGGAUAUCAGAUGCUCGCGUUGUCAAAGACAUGGCUACGGGGAAAUCCAAAGGCUACGGCUUUGUCUCGUUCUUUAACAAAUGGGAUGCUGAGAAUGCCAUCCAGCACAUGAAUGGACAGUGGUUAGGAGGCAGACCAAUCCGGACUAACUGGGCCACGAGGAAGCCCCCUGCCCCCAAAAGCAGCCAUGAGAAUAACACAAAACACCUAAACUUUGAGGAGGUUAUGUGCCAAUCCAGCCCCAGUAACUGCACCGUGUACUGCGGCGGCGUCAGCUCAGGACUUACAGAUCAACUGAUGAGACAGACCUUUUCCACCUUUGGACAAAUCAUGGAAAUCAGAGUGUUCCCAGACAAAGGCUAUUCAUUUGUCAGGUUUAAUUCCCAUGAGUCAGCAGCCCAUGCCAUUGUGGCGGUGAAUGGCUCGUCUAUAGAGGGCCACACAGUCAAGUGUUACUGGGGCAAAGAGACCCCAGACAUGAUGAACUCCAUGCAGCAGAUGCCCAUGCCACAGCAAAACAAGGUGGGCUACGCAGCGGCCCAGCCCUAUGGUCAGUGGGGCCAGUGGUACGGAAAUGGGCCCCAGAUCAGUCAGUACGUCCCCAAUGGGUGGCAGCAGGUCCCCACCUACAACGUGUAUGGCCAGGGCUGGAACCAGCAGGGCUAUAACCAAAUACCGGCCAAUGCUGGGUGGACAAACGUGAGCGCCAUCAGUAACGGUGGGGUACUGGAGACACCUCUCAAUGGGACUAUGAUAGCCAACCAGCCAGGUAUGGGAGCAGCCGGAUACCCCACUCACUGAUAAACAGGAAAGGAAGGCAGGGAGAAUUUUGACAACCUACAACAAGCCAAAAACUGGCUUUGUUACUAAGGAGGUGUUUCGCAGGGGUGUUUAAUGGCACCGCCCAACUUUCUUUGGCAGGACUUUUCUGGGAUCCCAUCCGGACAUCUGUAAGAUUUUGUAAAUGUUUUUUUUUUGAGGGACUUGAAUUUGAACCCACACAGGUAUCGACACACCUUCUAUGUGGUAUAGGCAAGACUUUUAGCCCCACCCCCAAAAAACAGGGCUCCUACCAUUUUUAAGUUAACUGUAAAUUAUCUGUAAAGGACAAAUGUUUUGGAUUGUUGUUUUUUUUCUGGUUUUACAAAAAUUGCUUCCACGCAUUCUUUUGACUCAAACACAGAGAUUUUUUUUAUGGACGUUUUGAGUCAUUCUGAGUUAAAAAUAUUAGUUGUGAUGGAGGAAUGAAAAUCCUUAAUUUGUACUCAUUUCUCACACCAAUUGCAGGGAUUGUUGCCACUGCUGUUUCUCUGUAAGGGCAGAUAAAUAUUGCACAGUUUUUCUCUUGUAAAUGGACACAUUUGAAAACCAAGCGUUUUCCUGUUGCAUUCCUGUUCACCAUAUCUUCUGAACAGCCUCAAACCUUUUGCCACCUGUAAAUACCCAUCCUUUGAACCAUGUAUGUAAAUGCUACUGUUGACUGUGGGUGCUUGCUCUUCUGUUUGAAACUCUACAGUUAACGCGAUGUGUACAGAGCAGAGUGGCACUCUUUCUGUGACUCUGGCGAAGUACAACUCGAUUCUUCCAUGCAGGGAUAAACCGCAUUGCCAUGCAGUGCAUACUUAAAUUUACCACGAUUCACAUGUGAAAGGGCCGACCUGAUGGACACUUGUGAUGUUUUUUAAUAACCUAUUGAACCGCCAGUAUUUUAUAUCAGAAAUCUGAAUGAUUCAAUCUUUACACUCUUUUUGAUGGAGAAAUGGGAGGCCUACAAUGUAACUGUUGCCUUAUAGAGCUGGUUUCUUUUAGCUGACAAGAUACUCUUUUUAAAUUAGGCAGUGCCUACAAACCAUUUUCAGACCCUUUUGUUUAGAAAAAAGGUGUUAGCCCUGAAACUGAUGACUCUGCUACUGUAAUCAAUGUUUUCUUGCUUUGUCCAAUUAAAAUGCUAAUGCACAUCA